CUUUGGCGGGAUGUCUCUGUUGUUUAAUACCACCUCUCACUCCAAAUCUCAGACCUUAAAAACAAUAAACAGUGAUAUCUCACCUUCAACCAGACCUCCAUCUCACCCUUUUUUUAACUUAAUUAAUCAUACUUAACCCUCUAAAUUACCCUAUUAAUUUACCACAUUCUCCCAAAAAUCCCCAACAGAAACACAAAUCAUCUCAUUGGUCAAUCAGAUACAGACAGAGAGAAUGGGAGAGCGAGAGACAUUGGAGAAACCUUCGCUUCCCUGCUCUGUCUUCAACCUUGAGUUCCUGCGGAUCGGUCGCUAGGAUUCCGAUCCGGGCGUUUUCUUGGGGGGCAUUUUCAAAUCCUUCUUGGUUUUGGCAUUUAGGGGCAGUUGGUGGUUUUUUCCGGAAGAUGCUGCAGUUAUCUUUUAUGAUUUAUAAUUACUGGGACACAACAAGUGCAGCCUAAUGUUAUGCAGUUGGUGAUAUAUUGAUUUUCCAGUGAUGUCGAGGAUUGCUAAGUGGAAGCUUGAGAAGACAAAAGUCAAAGUAGUCUUUCGGCUACAAUUCCAUGCUACGCAUAUCCCACAAACUGGAUGGGACAAACUUUUCAUAUCUUUCAUUCCCACUGAUUCUGGAAAAGCAACGGCAAAGACAACCAAAGCAAAUGUGAGAAAUGGGACGUGCAAAUGGGCAGAUCCUAUCUAUGAGACUACAAGACUUCUCCAAGACAUUAAAACUAAACAAUACGAUGAAAAGCUUUAUAAGCUUGUUGUGACUAUGGGUUCCUCAAGGUCUAGCCUUCUCGGUGAGGCUAUUAUCAAUCUUGCUGAUUACGUAGAUGCGUUGAAACCCUCUGGUGUGGCACUGCCUCUUCAUGGUUGUGAUUCCAGAACUAUUUUACACGUGACUGUACAGCUGUUAACCUCUAAAACUGGUUUCAGAGAGUUUGAACAGCAGAGGGAACUCAGAGAAAGAAGGUUGCAGACUGCAACUGACCAAAAUAGUCCUCAUGAAUCUUCAGGUGGAAAACUAUCACCCUCUGAAGAGAUUGUCAAUGGUCAAGAAGAUAAGGUCAAUGCAAAGGUGAGAUUCAAAAACAAAACAAAGGAGCUACUCUCACUCGAAGAAGAGGCAGGAAUGAAUGAUGAAUACACAGACUCAGCUGCUGGUUUUGAUGGAUCUUCCAAUACUUCAGGAAGUUUAUAUGCAGAGAAGCCAGAUACAUCCAGCACGCAUGAAAUAGACAGCAUUAAGAGUACAGUUUCUGGUGAUUUAGCUGGGCUUUCCCUUGGUCAAAGUCCUCAGCCUGAGAGAGUGGACCCUUCUGAUCAUCGCUUUUCUGCACAGGGGACUAAUGACUGGGUUCAUGGCUGGGGAUCCGACUAUUCCGCAGAUAAUGACUUAGCAGUCACCUACGAAGAGAAUAGUAGACUUAGAGGAAGCUUGGAGGUAGCUGAAGCAUCUAUCCUUGAGCUUAAGCUGGAGUUAAGCUCCUUACAAAGUCAUGCAGACGAGAUAGGCACUGAAACACAAAAAGUUGCUGAGCAAUUAGCUGCUGAGAUUGCUUCUGGAGAACAGCUGGCAAAAGAGGUUUCUACGCUGAAAUUGGAGUGUUCAUACUUAAAAGAUGAUCUUAAACUGCUAAAUAGUUCUAAAUUAUGUGCUUCAUUUACUAGCAUAGAAGCUACAGAGACAAAACAGGAUAAAAUAUCUCAAGAUCUGCAGCGUAGAUGGCUAAAGGAGGUAUUGGUCUUGGAGGAUAAGGUAAGAGAACUUCAAAACAAGUCGUCCGUUGGAUACCAUGAAAAGGACUUCAGGUUCCUUUACUCGGACUUGGAGGCUUUGCUCAGUGCUCUGCAGAAUCUCAAAGAGGGAACUCAAUUGGCAAGUCCUAAUUUUAACUUGAUGUCAUCUGCUGGAGCAAGCAUGAAGGAGAACAGAGAAACUAGUCUUGGUAGAAUUGAGCAACUCCCAUCUGAAAUUGGUUUUGAUGUUGACUUGUGUCAACCUGAGUUUGGAAUGCUUCAUGGCCUCAAUGUUCCCGGGUCUGAGUCUCAGGAUCCUGAUCGUCUAGAAGUUAUAAAUGCGAUGAAAGGAAAAGUCUUUGAACUCUUGAGAGAGUUGGAUGAUUCUAAAUCUGAAAAAGAAGGCCUUACAAAGAAAAUGGAUCAGAUGGAGUGUUACUAUGAAGCCCUCAUCCAGGAGCUUGAAGAAAAUCAGAGACAGAUGUUAUGCGAGUUGCAGAAUCUCAGAAAUGAGCACUCUACUUGUUUAUAUACAGUUUCUUCUACCAAGGCAGAGAUGGAAACAAUGUGCCAAGGCCUGAAUGAACAGAUGUUAAGACUUGCUGAGGAAAAACAUGACUUGGAUUCCAUUAACAAGGAGCUUGAAAGAAAGGCUAUUGUUGCAGAAGCAGCACUUAAACGGGCACGGUUGAACUACUCCAUUGCUGUUAAUCAAUUGCAAAAGGACCUUGAACUAUUAUCCGUCCAGGUUUUGUCUAUGUUCGAGACUAAUGAGAACCUUAUUAGGCAAGAUUUUGUAGGUUCUUCACCAACAAGCCUCCCACAUUUCCCAGAAAUUGCACAAGAACCGAAAAUUGAUUCAUUGGAGUUUCACUCCUUGAAAAACUUGCAGUGCCAAAAUCAAUAUGUCGGGUUAAAGAAACACAGCUUGGAGGGAGAUUCUCUUUUAGAAAACUUACAGAAAUCACUCAGCAUACAGGAAGGGCUAUAUCGAAAGGUUGAAGAAGAAGUUUGUGAGAUGUAUUUGCUGAAUAUAUACUUGGAUGUGCUUUCGAAGACUUUAGCGGAAACUUUGCUUGAGGCAAGUGAUGAUGCUAGACUAAUGAAAGAGAAAAUAGUUGAACUUGCACAGCAACUAGAGCUUUCUGCAGAGUCCAAGGAGUUGUUGAUGAAAAGGCUGAAGACUGCAAUGGAUGAAGUUCACUCCCUAAAUGAGUACAACGCCGCUUGCAUUGCUGAAUACAAAGAUGUGGCUCUGAAAAACCAAAAUUUGGAAGCUAAUAUACAAAGUUCUUGCUGUGAAAAUCUUCAUCUUGUGCAGAAAAUUACUGAACUGGAAUCCAUGAUAAAGGAAUGCAGAAGUUAUGAGAAUCAAUUCAAGGCUUGCGCUGCAGAAAAGACACAGUUGGAAAUUUUGUUCAAUGAAAAAACACUAGAAAAUGGCCGUCUCCAAAAUGAAAUACUAACCUUGCGGAAUGAUUUUAUAGAUGUUAAAUCUGAAUUUGAUGAAAUCGCUUCUGUGAAGGACAACAUGCAGCAUUGCUUAAAUGUUCUGCGAAGUAAGUUGCUGAACCUAUUGGCAUCUCAUGAAAAGAAAUUCGGCGGAUUGCCUCUCUUGAGUGAAUCUGUUAGUCAGAGCUUGGAGUCCGGGGACUUAACCGGUUUUGUGAUGGAAUUGGGAGAGCUUCAGCAUAAUAUGUGUGAAAAGAUUGCCCAACUCAUGGAAGAGGAAAAGAUUCUGGCUGAAGAAAAAGAUAUGGUUCAGGUUUCCUUAACAAGAGCACAAUCAGAAAUUGUGGUGAUGAAACAUAGGUUUGAACUUGAUAUGCAGGAGGUUCUGUACAAAUUUAGUGUGUCUAAUGCCUCGGUGCGGAAGCUGCAGUUGGAUGUCGAGGCUAUUGCCAACAGACUGAAGAACGGCUCUGAAGUUGAAGAAAACUAUGCACAGCUGCACAAAGAACUUAUUGGGAAUGUUCAUUGGUUGGAAGUUGAGCUGCAACAACUUAUUUCUAAAAACAAAGACCUUGCUGAUGAAAUCUUAGCAUUGGAGAUUGUAACUAAUGAACUCGAGAGGAGCAAAGUAACAACUGUUGAACUUGCAAAGGAGAAACAACUAUUAACAGAAUCUUUGCAGGCUAAAACUGAGGAAUCUGCUAAGCUCGUGUCGGAACUAGAUGAUUUGAAGGAAAGCUUGCUGUCUGUGCAUGAUGAAAACCAGACUUUGAUGACGUCUUUACAGGCUAAAAAUGAAGAAUCUGUCAACCUUGCAUCAGAGCUAAACAGUUUAAAAGAAAGUCAACAAUUUCUGCAUUAUGAGAACCAAGCUGGAACAGCAUCAUUACGGGAUAAAACUGCAGAGUGUGCAAAGCUUGAAGCAGAGGCAAACAAUUUAAGAGAAAGUAUGCAAUCCCUGCUUGAUGAAAGCAAAGCUUCAUUGGCUUCUUUACAGAAUAGAACCGAGGAAUCUGUGGAACUUGUUUCGGAAUUGAAUGGUUUGAGAGAGAGUUUGGGGUCGUUGCAUGAUGAAAAUGAGGCGUUGUUGUUGUCUUUACAGCAUAAAACUGAGGAAUCUGCCGAGCUUGAAUCAGAGCUUAGCGGUUUGAAGGAAAGUUUCCAAUCUCUGCAUGAUGAGCUACAAGAGGAGAGAAGUUCGAGAGAUAAACUAGAGGGUAUAAUUGCAGAUCUUACAUACAAAUUAGACGAGAAGCAUUGCCAGGUCAUUCACUUGAACCAGCAGAAUUUAGAAUUGGCCCAUCUCAAGCAACUACUAUCAGAUCUAGAAUCAGAAAAAUCUAGAGUCUGCCAUCUUUUGUUACAGUAUGAGGAAUGCCUUAAAAAUGCCCGUGAUGAAUCAUCUUCUAUUGUUGCUCUUGAAACCCAGUUGUCUGAAUUGUAUGAAACUCUAGUAGCAACAGAUGUAAAAUAUAUCGCUACUAGAGCUCAGCAUGAGGACUGGGUAGAGGAGGUCGUGGAAAAACUGGAUAGCCACCUUGGUGGACUUUGCAAUAGGCAUAAGGUCGUAGCCCUUUGCAACGAAGAAAAUCCUAGAUUGUUGACAAUCCUUGACUCACUGAUGUCUGAGUUCAGAGGCUCCAUUGCUGAAAACAAGUUGAUUCUUGAUAGAAUUUACUCUAUGUCAGCUGAAGUUGAGGCAUACAAGAAUAGGGAGGUGAGUUGGUGCGAUGAAAAAAUUAAUCUUGAUUCUGAGCUUCAAGGGCUGAAGAACUUGGUGAUGCAUUCCGAAGAAGAGGUUGACAACCUGUUACUCUGCAAUGAAGAACUGGAAGUCAAAGAUUUGUUACUGAAAGCCAAAAUGGAAGAAUGGCACCUGCAAAUAACCCUGUUGGACGUGCAGGGGGAUGAACUGCUUAAGUUGGAAAACCAGUGUAACGACCUUACGCAGAAACUCUCUGAGCAGAUUUUGAAGACAGAGGAGUUCAAAAACCUAUCCAUCCAUAUGAAGCAGCUUAAAGACAAGGCCGAAGCUGACUGUUCCUUGGCUCGUGAAAAAAAAGAAACUGAGAGACAAGCAGUUCUUGUGCAAGAUUCCCUGAGAGUCGCAUUUAUCAAAGAACAGUAUGAAACAAAGCUUCAGGAACUAAAACACCAGCUGUCAAUCUCCAAAAAGCAUAAUGAAGAAAUGCUUUGCAAAUUGCAAGAUUCUGUUGUCGAAAUUGAGAAUAGGAAGAGAUCUGAAGCUUUGCACUUGAAGAAAAAUGAGGAGCUGGGAAUGAAAAUUUUGGAAUUGGAGGCUGAGUUACAAUCAGUAAUUUCUGACAAGCGGGAAAAAAUGAAGGCCUUUGACAUGAUGACGGCCGAACUGGAAUGCUCCUUAAUAAGCCUUGAAUGCUGCAAGGAAGAGAAACAAAAACUUGAAGCAUCUUUGGAAGAAUGCAAUGAGGAGAAGUCAAGAACUGCAAUUGAACUUACCUUGAUGAAAGAGCUGCUGAAGAAUCCCUCAUCAAACAGUGAGGAAGAAGGAAAUGAUGGAUCGCACGUGAAGGGUCAUAUCUCUUCUCAGGACCUCUUUGUUAAAGUUCAUGAGAAUGGUCCAGCUGAGGUCUUGAAUGCUAAGUACUUGGAACAGGAUAGUUCAAUGAAAUGUGAAGAACCAGAAUCUGUAUUUGUGGUUCCAGUUGUUGUGGAUGACCAUUCGAGCACAAUCAUGGAUGCCCAACCUAAGCAGGAUGUACCUGAAGCUAGUGGUGAAUAUGGAAGCCUCGUACAUGUGAAUCAAGAAAGCCUACUGCAUGGUGAUGUCAAGCAUCUAGCUCUUUGUGAUGUUCACUCGAGGGCUGAAAGUAUAAAAUCGAGCAUGGACCACUUAAAUAUGGAGUUGGAAAGGAUGAAAAAUGAUAAUUUGUUUCUACAAAAUGAUGCUCAUUUGGAUUCAAAAUUUCCAGGUUUACAAAGAGAACUAAUGCAAUUACAAAAGGCAAAUGAAGAACUGGGAAGUAUGUUCCCAUUGUAUAAUCAAUAUUCAAGCUGUGGCAAUGCGUUAGAAAGGGUACUUGCAUUAGAAAUCGAACUUGCUGAAUCAUUGCAGGCAAAGAAAAGAUCAAGCAUGCAUUUACAGAGUUCUUUCUUGAAGCAACACAAUGAUGAGGAAGCAGUAUUGCAAAGCUUCAGGGACAUCAAUAACCUGAUUAAAGACAUGUUGGAACUAAAAGGAAGUCAUGCAUCUGUGGAAACUGAACUGAAGGAGAUGCACGAUCGUUACUCGCAGCUAAGUCUUCAGUUUGCUGAAGUUGAAGGUGAGAGGCAGAAACUGAUGAUGACUCUGAAGAAUGUCCGGGCUACCAGGAAGGCUCAGCAAUUAAAUCGCUCACCAUCAUCCUCCAAGGAACACUCGACAUAGUUACCUAAAUGAGCCUCUGCCUUUUUUGCCCUGUACAAGAGGUUGCCCUACACUGAGAUGAAAAGCAACAUUCAAAUUUUGGAAUGCGUGAUCCCACAACUGUCAUUGAAGGUCUACUUAGCUGCUGCAAAGAUGUAACAGCUUGGAAUGGGAUACCAAUUAGAAGCAGCUGUUUAUUGUGUAAAUAACUAUGUAAUGAUGGGUUAACAUUAUGAACCUUUUACUCUAUGUACUCGUUAUAAUUCAUUUUGCUGUAUAUAAUAAAUCAAAUUCUUUGACUAG